AUGGCCGACGCCGACUCUCCAAACGACUUCAACCGCAUCCCCGAAACUUUGCCACGCUUCAAUGGAGUGUUCAGCUGGUUUAUAUCCAAGGGUAUCAGGGCUUGGUCAUGGCACAAACACCGAAUACACAUUGAUAUCCAGGCGUUACAAAUAUCACUCCUCGGCGGCCGCAUUUUCUUCACCGGUCUCAAAUACCAUGGAAACAACGAGGCCUUUCACAUACAGCACGGCUAUAUCACUUGGAGAUACUGGCUGCGCCGUGUCAGGGACGUGGACAUAAAAGACUCUAAGAGGGACAAUCAUCAACUGGGAAGCGAGUCUCCCAAAAAGCGGGAAAAUAAGAAGGAGCUACCUUGUCGUAUUACCGUCACAGUGGCUGGUCUUGAAUGGUUUGUCUACAACCGGACGCCUGUGUAUGACGGUAUUCUGGCAGGCCUGACAGGAAACAAACCCGAGGAUGCCGUAACAACAGGGACGUCAAGCGAGGAGACGACCGCGAACUUGCGUAAUCGAGGCUCCAAGUUGUCCGAAAAGCUGGGAGAUGAGAGUCAGCCAGCACCAGUCAGCAACCACGGGGCCAGGGACACCUCCAGCACGCCUGGUGCACCAGAUUCACCCGAAUGGAACAGGCCACAGCAACACUCUUCGAUCGGUCGCUCCAGCUCUUCAGACUUGUACACGGGGUCGAGGACGUCGGCAGAAUCUCAACCCGACCUACCUGCCAUGCUGCAAUUGUUCCCAAUCUACGUCACUUGCCAGAAGGCAGCACUUGUGGUUGGGAAUGAAAACACCAAAGCUAUAUUGGUAGUGAAAGCCAACUCAUUGACAGGUGAAGUAAACGCAUCUGCCACCACAGGCCCUGAUCCAUAUAGGCAAGUAUUCAAGAUGAGAUUUGAUCGUCCCGUCAUUGAGAUGAAAGACAACGAGGACUACAAAGAAGACCAAGUUGUGAGAGCCAGCAAGGGCAAGCAGGAGCCCCAGGGUAGCCAUCGCUGUAUCAAGGCCGGUUUCCUUUUGCGUCACAAGCGACGUACCCUCGGAAGGCUUCGAAAUCUUGUUCCGUACUGGCGCAAAUCCGUUGAGUCCUUUUUCAUUGAUUCGGGAGCCACGGCUGGGACAACAGCAACGCACGUUCCCUCUUCUGGCCAGUGGCAAGGACUCGCUCGCUACUUGGAUGACGACGAUCGGGAUUCAAAGACGCGAUGGUCGAACGUGGAAUAUGCGGCAGCGACAACUUUGAUCGACAGUCCAGAGGCAACCCUGACUGUAUACUGGGAUUCUCCCGCCAGGAUCACCGACGAACCGGCCAGUCGACGGAUGAACAAAGGAAAUGCCAUUUCGAACAUCAAUGGCGCUACAUCCCCAGAAUGGGGCAUCAAUCUAUCUCUCAAGGGUGGCACUGCCAACUACGGGCCAUGGGCAGAUCGCCGUAGAGCAGAUUUGCAACGGGUCUUUUUGCCCGGAUUAUCGAAAGAUGCCACGCCAGCAAAGCCCCUACCUACGGGCGCCUUCCGUGUUUCAACACAGUUCAAGCUCUAUGUGGAGCUGGAAGAAGAAUUGACACUAAGAAUACCGACCAGAGAGACUUCCAAGAAUUGGCGAUGGAAGGGUAAAGAGCCGUCCACCAAGGAUGAUCGUCCGCACCAAACCAGAAAGCAGAGGGCGAAGGCCAAGAAAAACAGCAAAGGAGACGCGGCCCCCCUCCGGCCCGCCGGCUGGCUGGAUUUCAAGAUUGCUGCGAAUGCCACGAUUUCCUAUUCGAUGGACUCGUUUGCUGGCACGCAUGGCUACAAGAUGGGCCUUGACCUAGAUUUACCAGGCACCGAACUCUCCAGUAGUGUCAAUCACGAGUUGCUGUGGCGUUCAGGGGCACAGCGAGUACGCUGUGAUCUUUCGACUCCGUUGAGUUGGAAUGCUCUACGGUCUUGGCACUUCAACGUCUCAGCAAACGACAUGGAGUUGUUCCUGCUCAGGGAUCAUAUUUUCCUGCUCAUUGAUCUCGUUGACGACUGGGCUAGCGGCCCGCCUGCGGAGUAUCUGGUGUUCAUUCCUUUCCGCUACAAUAUGAACAUCGAUCUCAGAAAUUUCAAACUCUACCUGAACGUCAACGAUGGCAACAUCAUUAAUAAACCUACAGAUCUGGACGACAAUGCAUAUCUCGUGCUGUCAACUCCUGUUCUCGCAUCUCAAGUCUGCAUUCCAAUCGACAAGUACCGGCCGAGCAAGAACACAAUCCCAUUCGAUAUCCAAGCGGAGUCCUUCUCACUCGCACUGCACGUACCCCCCUGGAACACACAAGCGUCAUUCCUUACUUCCAAGGAGGUUGGACAGGGCGAAAAUUUGACAGUCAACGGUGGCUACACCUACAAUGCAACCACCUCGCCUGCUAACACAGACACGCUCACUCUAAACGUCUCUGGCCAAUCUCCCACGGCUACGAUACAUGGCUUCAUUAUCCGAUAUGCUUUGAAGCUGAAAGAUAACUACUUUGGAGACGACGUUCAUUUUAAAACACUGGACGAGUACCAAGAGGCAUUGCAGCUAAGAGAGCGCGACCCAGAGGCGGAGGCAGCACUCCGACCACCACCGAAAAAGUCGAAUGACCUUGAUGUAAUCCUCCAUGUUCGGGUCGAUGACACACGAUUGCUGAUACCCGCAAAUCUAUGGUCUACAAAACGGAACAUCCAAGUCGAGACUGCGAGCAUCACUGCUGAUCUGCGGUUUACUAACUAUUACAUGGAUUUGGAGCUUGCUGUGAGUCCUCUGAAUCUAUCACUAGGUACUAGUGAUUCGGGAAUGGAGACGCCCAUCAGUGCUACAACUAGUACGCAACUUUUUAUCGACGGGUUAGGAAUCUAUGGUCAUCGCCUCUUCGGAUUGCCGCCAACAGAGCCAACGUAUCUCUGCAAUUGGGACCUUUCUGUUGGAGCUGCAACAGGCGAAUGUACAGCCGACUUCUUGGCGGCCCUUAUGCGCGGUGGCCAAGUCUUUGGGUUUGAGUUUGACGACGACGAGAACGCUUUGAUACCACAUUCCUCCAUCGUUAUGUACGAUGUCACGUUUCUCCGCGUUGCAGUCCAGUCGGUUCGAGUUUGGCUUCAUGUGGAGGAAGCGGCAUUCUUGCUUUCUACUGAGACUAUCGAUGUCAAAUUCAAUGACUGGGCGCGGACGCACUACUCGAAACGCGCAGAUAUCCGGAUACCCAACCUUCAAAUAUCCUGCGUCAACUCUGAGACAGCCGCCAGACAAAGAUCAAGGCUCCCACAUAAUUUACAAGCCGACGCUCUUCUGAAAGCGACCAUUCAUGUGGCCAUCGUGGGCCGCAAGUUCAAUUUCUCUGAGGAGCGUAAAAUGCAGCAGGAGCUGGUCCGAAGAGAGGAUCAACGGACACAUAGGACUGAUUUUCUUCUUCUGCCGGGUCUCCUGGACGAGCUGGUCCCAGAUCUCAUCGAUGCCCCAGCGACAGCCCCUCCGGUCGUUCCCGAUCCCGCGGUGAUGGAACAUGAUGAUGAGCAGUCGAGCUCUCGAGCGUCCACGAUUCCGUCAAACAAUUCCCGGAGCCUUCGCCACAAAAGCUCGUUCUUGUCCAUAUCCACAGCAACCAGCAACGACAGCAAUGUCUCCAUAGACAAGACGCGGCUGUCGGCGGGAUAUCCCAAGUCAAACUACUCCUUCCGAGACAGUAGAGCCAUGACCCCUUCUGGAUCAGUCGGCAGAUCACGAAGGGACCUCUCAGCAUCUACUGGCCGUCAACCGUCAUUGUAUGGCAUGUUAGGAGACAAUAAUGGUCGAGAUCAACACUCAUCCAUGGCUUUUUCCAGCCAGUUUUAUCCUCCCCACUUCCCUCUUGAGCAUGCUCAACCAGGGACAAGCGGAUCGCCAUCUCCCAGUCUUGACCUGGGAGACCUUGAGGCAGAUGGAGACGCAACAACAUUCGGCCUCGAUGAUGUUGAUCCUGAUGUUCUCAGUGACGACAACGCCUAUUCGAGUACAAUUAUCGAACUCCCUUCGGGUAUCACGGCCUGCUUGAACCCAGUAUCAGUGCGCUACGUCUCAGGGUUGAUUGCAGCUUUACAGCCGACGGACCCAGAGGACAUCUUGGACUCUCUUCAGAUGAAUGCCGUUACGAAUUUGGUCGACGAACAGAAACAGGCCAAGGUCAAAGGUCACAUCAAAGAUGUACUGCUUAAGAUUCCGCGAGCAAGCAUUCGCUUCCUCAAUGCAGAAAAUGAUGACCCUGAAGCGGCAAAAAAUGCCUGUGAUCAGUACGACGUCACCUUUUCGCAACUUGCUUUGACAUCACGAUCAGCAUCGAAAACAGCGCAGUCUCUUGAUAAAGGACGAUCAACGGCAGCGCAGACAAAGACGUCCAUCAUGCUGAGACUCGGCUCUGCCGAGGCUUCAGUUGCGGAGCGCUCACCUGGACUUGCCGAGGAUCAAGCCGCGGUCAUGGCAGAAGUUGAUCGUGUGGUGCUUUCCGUCGGGUCCAAAGAUGUCACGUACAUCGACGGGGAAAUCGAUGCCAUCAGAAGCAGUACAGCGUCUGGAAAAGUCGACUACCUUGCGUCGCUUGUCCACCGGACCGGUUUAGUUGCUUCCGAAUUGGGUGCAUUACUGAGUGAAACGGUAGCUCACCAUGAACGGCGGAUGAAGCUCUUGAUACAUACAUUAGUGACGGAGGGGCAGACAGCGCCUGAUCCGACGUUCCUUGUCCGUCCAUCAGCUGUUUUGCGCUCCGCGGCUGGCCAUCUACGCACUGCUGAUGCGUGGAAGUUAGCCGUUCGACUGCGUCAGAUAUACGUCUGGCUCCCUGCCACAGUCCGGGACCGUCUCCUUUACAACUCUUUAAGCAGUACCAUCACUGUACCGCCGCAUGCGAGGGAGCAGGUGAUUAGCUCGUUUCAACGUUGGCGCGGGUGGGAUCUGGACAAUAUUGCUGGCUCCCAGCUCAUCGCCAGCGUUUUCGGAGGAGCUCCUGACCCUGGAAACACUACACCGCCAAUGGUGCCCUUGCUGGUUGCUUUCCGGCUCAGAGAAGUCCAACUGAUUCUGGAUCCUGGCCCGAAACAAAACAGGCUGUUCGUCUCAGAGCUGACUGCGAGACUUGAGAAGAAGCCAAAUGACACAGCUCGCAAGACGACUGAAACCGAAGACAUGGCUGUCCUCAAUAUCAACUGCAACGAUGCGGCAAUCAACCUCAACUGGGAACUAUGCGAGCUCGCAGAUGUUCUACUCCGGCUGUACAACGGAUCUAGGCGGCGAGACAGUUCUGCAGGUCAGACUUCCACGGAAGCAGCACCGGACCGCACGAGUGACGUGCAGGCUCGCCAACCGAUGCAUGUUGUCAUGGCUCUCUCGAGGGGGUCAGUCGAAGUUGAUACGAUAAACCUGAGUGCAAAAAUCUUGGGAAACAAUCUCAAGGCGUCCUUGCUCACCCAUUCGCUCGAAGAUGAAAGCACCUCGCUGAAUUUCAUACUGAGCUGUGACGCUGUCACCUCCAGGCUCCACCACCGCUCCCAGCUGCUGGGCAUGUUCCAGCUACGCAACCCGAGUGUCUUCAUCUCCCAUGAAUUGCAAGAGCUUGACGAUGUGUCCUGUCACACGAUUAAGUCAACAGCAAGCAGCCAGUCCCUCACCCUUGUGGUGCGGCAAGACCCAAUAGUUCUCCUCGAAGUCGUCGAUGUUUUGGUCAAAGAUGAGCUUGCCCAGCUUUACCAAUUGAAAGAGCAGCUUCCAUCUAGCCCGCCGACACACAGCGACGACCACAGCAUUGCGGAAAGAAUGUCAUCCUUCAGAGUCAAUGUGGCAAUGUUCCUUGACGAGUAUGACAUCAGCGUGCCACUACUCCAGUCCCUCACGUAUAAUUUGUCAGGAGUUGUUUCUCGGGCUGCUAUAGCGGCGAAUUUCGGCAAGGAGCUCAUCUUUGACUUUGACAUCAAGGAAAAUCAACAUGACUUCCGAGUCAAUGUCAACAAUCAGCCGCGAAGCAUCUCGCUUCUUCGUAUUCCGCCAACAAACGGACGAGUCAAGAGUCGCAUGGGUCCAACCGAGCAUUCUGUAACGGUGUUCGCCUCCGUUGAGCUGAUACAGCUCGAUGCAUCUGCCGUCUAUAGCCUUCUCGGUGCCCUCAACCGUCCUCAAAUAUCCAAUACCCUGAAUGAGGCGCAAGAACAAAUCAAAUCCAUACAGGAGCACGCGACGGAUAUUUUUGGGCAAGAAAAGCUUGUGAAAGAACCUCAAGUCUCAUCUCCUCCAACUCAAGAGCAGAAACUGGUCUACACGGUUCAUGCAACCUUGGCAGGUCUCGAAAUCUUCGGCAAUACGCCUCUCAAGUCCGGAGAACAUGAUCUAGCAUACCUAUGCUUCAGUCUUGACAGAGUGCACUUGGAAGUGGCCAAUAGACACGAUGCACACCGUCCGAUUCUUGCGCAACCGGAACUCCACGUCAAUCUAAGGUCAAUCAUGUUUGACAUUCAAAAGGGUAGCGAGGGCGCAAUGAGAUCUUGCGGUAGCAUCACAUUUGGGGCUCUCAUAUCGGCAAGCACACGACAUACUGAUGCCGGCGAGGAGGAGAGAUCAUUCAACUUCAAAAGCGAUGGAUUGGACAUUCAACUGUCACCAGAGACAAUCUCGACAGUAAUGGAGAUUCUAGGUUACAUGGGCGGCAAGAUCAAAGACCUGGACACCUCACGCGAACUCGAGUACCUACGCAGGAUUCGACAGCCUAAACCGCGUAUUGCUCUCAACGACGAGGAACAGGCUGAGCCCCCUGACCUGAUCGAUUCUUUCUUGUCAUCGCUGGUCUAUCAGUUCGAGAUUCAGGACACCCAAAUCAGCUGGUUCGUUGGCGACGCCGUGGAGAUGCCUUCCCUCGACAAAGAGGAUCUUAUUCUAUCAAUCAAGCUCAUCAGUUUCGGCACGCGCCAAGCCAACUCGGCACGCCUCACGAUCGAAGACUUUCAACUUCAGAUGGUCCCACCUGGCCAGGACCCACGGAUGCGCUCUCGACACUCUGCACUUCUUCCUGAAGUGGUCUUCAACAUUGCCUAUGUUUCCACACCUACUGCGCGGCGUCUGGCAUGUCAAGCGGUUGGCAAGUCCCUUGAUUUGCGCCUCACAUCUGGUUUCAUCAUUCCGGUGGCCAACUUGAAAGAUUCGAUUACUUUGUCCAUCAGCAACGUGCAAAAGGCAUCCGAGGACUGGAUCAUGAGCACAAAUCAUGCCAAGCCUGAUGAGGAAAAGCGAGGAGCGCCGCGAAUCGAAACCCCCACACUGCGGCCGGCUGGCAUUCUCGGCAAGAAAGGAUUCGAAUCUCUGCUCGUCGAUGCUGACUUUGCCGGUGCCGUCGUCCACGUUUCGGGCAAGAAAGCAGCGGGGGGAAACCGAACCUCAAGAAUUCUACGCCAGUCUGCGGCGGGCGGAAAAUACGGACAAUUCAACCCUGACGAAUCGGGGAGCAGUACUGUUCUUCGAAGCCCUGGCGUGGCUUGCAAGAUCGAAUACAGAGACAACGACCAAGAAGAUCCCGCACUCUACGGAGAGAUCAAGGUCGAUGCGUCGAGCAACACCCUGUACCCUUCCGUCGUGCCCCUCAUCAUGGAAAUCAUGUCGAGUGUGAAGGAAGUUGUCGGGGACGACACGAGACCAAGCGCGCAGACGUCACUACCACAGCUCAAAGCAGAGGUCAGCAACGAGGAUAACAUUCUGACAGCCGACCCCAAUGCUGUUCUGGUACGAUCUGUGGAGCAAGGCAACUUUUUCGCCAUAUCUGGCGCCUUCACCAACCUGACAGUGUCUGUCCAACAUGUUUAUUCCAGAGAAUCGACGGCUAGCUUUGAGGUUGAGUCCAUUGUGCUUUCCUUUAUGAACAGCAAGCAUGUCAGCGGCACGAGCGGAGUUUCCGCCAUUCUCAAAGUUAGCCCGAUGAACAUGUCGAUCAACGCCAAGCAGCUUCAGGACUUCUUACUCUUCCGCGAAAUCUGGUACCCCAAAGAGCUCCGCCAGGGGUCCGCUGCGCCAGUGGCCAAGCUGACUACCGAGACAUCUCAGGGACACCUUGUCCAGCGCUACCAGCAGGUAGCUGCGACAGCCGCCUUCCCAUGGACGGCCACGAUAUCUAUCACGUCCCUGGACGUCAGUGUCGACCUCGGUCAGGCAAUAGGAAAGUCUGCCUUCAAGAUCAACAACUUCUGGGUGUCCUCGAAGAAGACGUCAGACUGGGAGCAAAACCUCUGUCUCGGGAUCGACAAGGUAGGAAUCGACUGCACUGGCAGGCUCAGCGGCUUUGUUGAACUGCAGAACUUCAAGCUCCGCACUUCGAUCCAGUGGCCUGAGCGUGAGGCAGCACUCAAUGAGACGCCCAUGAUCCAGGCUUCCAUCGGCUUCAGUCAAUUCCGUGUCAAGGCUGCCUUUGACUACCAGGCGUUCCUGGUUGCGGACAUUACUUCACUUGAGUUUUUGAUGUACAAUGUGCAUCGCAGCCUUGAAGGGAGCGGCGACCGACUCGUGGCAAUUUUCGAUGGCGAUGCGGUGCAGAUCUUUGGCACGACCAACUCGGCGGCGCAGGGGCUGUCGCUCUAUCAAGCUGUACAAAAGCUGAUUCAGGAGCGGCGCGCCAAUUUUGAGACGUCUCUGAAGGAAAUUGAAAAGUUCAUGAGGCGCCGGUCUCGCGGCAAUAGCAGCACGGCGAUAUCAUCUCCUCAGACCUCGGCGCCGCCCAAGCUGCCAGUCGACGAUACCCUGGCAAAUGAAGCGCCGAAGACUUUGAGUGAGAUUACGGUAGAGGACGUGGUUGCCCGGGCCACUGGAUCGCGCGGCGGGACGAUUCUGAAGGUGCCCAAGCUGGAGGCCAUCAUGCAGACGUGGCAGCGGCCGGACGGCAACCGUAUCGAGUACACAUUCAAGAGUGCCUUUGGGGGCAAGGUGGAGGUGGGAUGGAACUACUCGCGCAUCAGCUACAUCAGGGGCAUGUGGGCGAAGCAUGCAAAGUCGCUGGAGCAGACGUGGGGCAAGGAGCUGCCGCUGCCACUGUCGGCGAUCAAGGUGACGGGCGUGCCGGAGGCGGCGGACUCGGAGGACGGCGGACAGGCGAUGGGCGGGUCUUCGCGAUCGUCACUGUCGGCGCAGCAGCAACAGCAGCAGCAGCAGCAACAGAAGAUCACGGCCGAGGUCAACGUGCCGCAGUCCAAGUACGACUACGUGGCGCUGGAGCCGGCCAUCAUCGAGACGCCGCAGCUCCGGGACAUGGGCGAGGCGACGCCGCCGCUGGAGUGGAUUGGGCUGCACAGGGAUCGCAUGCCGAACCUGACACAUCAGAUUGUGAUUGUAUCACUGUUGGAGCUGGCGGGCGAGGUGGAGGAUGCAUACGGCAGGAUUAUGGGGUCAUCAUGAAGGAUGGCUGACUACAGCAGGCGGGAGACGAUGGAGGGAUCUGCAUAGGCAGCAUGACAUGGGCAUCGGCGUCGAGUCAUCCACCGAGCCUGAGGCUGUCUAUACGAUUGAGCAGAUGAGGUUGACUACGACAGCCUGGUGCGUUUGAUACCUCGGCCGUAGAUGAUGAUUCGGGUUUUAGCGUUUUCACUAUCCUUAAUAACGUCAGACAGCUUUGUCGCGUGGG